AUGAGUAAACUGGAGGUGCUACAGCCCCACAGUGUCGGCAAGCGGAUCGCUUCGAUAGCCGUGAGUGGGACGUUGGCCCAGCAGCAGCGGCGGAUAGAGGAGGGCACACAGCGUACACGGAACCAACUGCGCACGCGACAAAAAGAUUUUUCACGACCAACGGCUAAAGACACGUACUUCGCGGGCGUGUCCAAGGAAACCCGUUUUAUCGACACAUACACGGCCCGGCUGCGGCAGUCGCAUCUCACCUUACUAUUUGAGUGUCCUGUGGACUGGCAGCUGGUCAACGAAGGUCUGGAUCCGACCGAGGAUCAAGUGGGACUAUGGAGAGCCCAUGUGCGCAAUACGCAAGCAUGGGUGCUUGGAGACGGGAAGGAAAAUGAGACGGCCGAGGCUCUGGAAUCGAAACUGAUCACCAACCAACAAACACAGGUGGUGCACAAGUCACUGUUUGCCGGGACCCUCAAAUGCAUAGAGUACGACGAUCCUGCGCUGGAUCUGGCAUGGACCGCAGGGAACGACAUUAACAAAGGCGACAGCAUGGCUCUUAGAGUGCAGCGAAGCCCGUCGUCCAUCAUAGCGCUGUUUCUGAGCUCCCAGUGGAACAUGGAGCAGGCGGCCAAGCUGUUUGACCAGAAACCACAUCUACCGCUUCUGGGAGCUAUCAUGAGCUCCAAGUGGAACAAACAUCUAGAGGAAGCAUCGGAGUUUCUGAGCGACGAACAUAAACUGCCCAAGGGUCAGGCAGGAGCCCUAGCUGACUUGUUGAGACGUCUCAGUCACUAUGGACUGACCCAAAGUAGUGAGGGGCUUGCUGAUUACUUGUAUUUAAGCAGGGCGGAAAAGAAGACCGGGAUGGGGCCGGAUAAGACUCCAGAGCAAAAUAAGACGGAAAAAUGA